AUGGGAGCACGGAUGUAUCACCCAUCAUCGGGACGCGACAAUUUUAAUGUUGUCUCGAACCGAGCAACGGCUAACAGCAGCGUUACAAAAUCAUCACAACCAGCUAUUCAGAACCAAGAUACUGCACGAGCAUCAAACAAGCAAGACAUAGAAGAACAAACAAGAAAUGCUAUUAUGGUUGCGGCUGCAUCUCAUUCACAAACAUCAUCAAAUAACUCAAUGGCGAAUGAGAAAGAAUAG